AUGAUUCACGAAAUAAUCCUAAGCCUGAUAGGGCAAACCGGAGAUAUAAUAAUUUUAGUGGACAAGCGAAGGAAUAAAAGAGCAAAUGAAAAUAACAUAAAUAUAGAUGAAUACUGUUUUGAAGUAAAUAAUAACAUUCAUAUAUUCUUGAGCUCUGAAAUAAAAAUAAUUAAUGAAAUUGUUGAAUUAGGUUACUAUUUUUAUAUAUUAAAUAUAUUUUGUUUAUUAGUUAAAAAUAACACAAUUUAUAAAAGUUUAACACAUAUACACAAAUUUAACAAAUUAAAUAGUAAUAAGAAAAAGAAUAUCAUAAAAGAAAAAAACAAUGACAAAAUAAAUAAUAAUGCGGAUAAUAAUGAAAAUUCAACUACAGAAGCUGAAUCAUCUCUAAGUCCUUCAGAUAAAUCAUCCACUAUUACUGAAGAAUCCGAGGAUACUGAUAAUUUGAGUAACUCCUAUAAAAAAAGAAAAUAUGAAAGAAAUGAUGAAAUAGACAAUUAUUUUGGAGUUAUUUUAAAAAAUAUAAAAAGUAUAAAUAAUGUACGUCCUUAUGGGUAUUAUGCAAAUGGUAUAAGUAAUGAAAUAAACAAAUUUAUAAAGAGAUAUUUAAAAAAAAUCAGUGAAAUAGAAGAAUAUAUAAAUAAUAAUAAAAAUACACCAUUAACGCAAAUAUUAUCUAUGUUAGAAAAAAAAAAAGAAGAAAUAAUUAUAAUAAUAAAUAUAAUAAAAAAGUAUUUAGAAUUUCAAAGAAAAGAAGAGGCGAAUGUACUAGAAGGCGAAAGUCGAAAUAAAACCAAAGAAAUUUUAGAUUAUUUGUAUGAGUGUUGCUUAUGUGGAAAUUCAAGAAUUAAACAUGUCUAUCAUAAAUAUUUUAAAAAUUUAGGAAAAAUAUUAUUACACCAAAUAUCUUCAUGGAUGUUUUAUGGGCAAUUGUUAGAUCCUUAUUAUGAAUUUUUUAUUCAGAAAAGACAAUUUAUUUAUUCUGAUGAUAAAAAAAUAUUUUUAACACCAGAAGAAUUAUAUGAAAACUUAACAUUAACCAAUGUUCAAAGUUUGAAUUUUGAAUGGAAUUAUUUAUUUUUCCAAUGUGUUUCAAAUUUACCUGAGUGCUGUAUAGACAAAAUAAUUGGUAGAAAAAUAUUAUUUAUAGGAAAAUCUAUUCGUAUAUUAAUUAGAAGCAAUAAAUGGAAUACCAAUGAUAUCUUAAAAAUGUUUCCCAUUACUAAGAUAUUAUCAAAAGCCUUUGAUCAAACUCUACAGACAAAUUAUCCAAAAAAAAAUAAUUAUUUGGGGGAGGAUUUUAUGAGAUAUGAGCAAAAUAUAGCUAGUAAUGAAUAUGAAAAUAACAUUACCCAUAAUAUGAAUUAUGGAUCUGACUCAAAUGAUAUUAGUAAUAUAUAUAAUGAUAAUAAUUAUAACUAUAUUAAUAAUGUACCGAAGGAGUAUGCUAGUUCCAUUAGCCUUUCUUGCACGGAAAGUUCUGAUAAUUCAUAUGAAUGUUCAUCUGAAUCAGGAAAUGAAGCAACGUGUUUAUAUUGCAAAGAAAUAUUUGACAUUACUAUUGAAAAGAUUAGAAGCAUAAUAGCUUAUAAAUUGUGGGAAUAUGUUGUUAAAGACAUAAAUUUAAUUAAAAUAUUUGACUUAUUUAAAGACAUAUAUUUAUUAAAUAAUGGCGAUUUUUAUGAUUACUUUUUAGAAAAAUCUUGGUUUAUUAUGCAUAGUCCUCCAAAUUAUAAAAAUGAAUUGCUUCUAAAAAUUAUAGCUUGGAAAAACUCUACAUUAUCUGUGGAAGAUUAUUGUAAAUCAAAAUAUGAAAAUAAAAAAGAUAAAUUAAUUUUAGAGAAAUAUGAAAAUUUGUUAUUUUCAAGAAAUAACAAUAUUGAUGGUGGUGAUAGUAAUAAUCCAUCCAGUUUUAUCAAUGGCUCGAAUUUCUAUAAUUUUGAUGUAGAUAUUUCAGAGAAUAUAAUUUCUAAAUAUUUUUAUCCUAGAAUAUCUUAUAAAAAAUUUUCUUACGAUUCGUUUGAAAUGGAAAAAUACGGGAACCUGAUAUUAGGGGGGAUGAGUUAUAUAUAUGAUAAUAAAAUAGUUUUAAAUGAUUUUUACAAAGGUAUACAAGAAUUAUAUAAAAAAAAAUAUUAUGACUAUGAUAGUAUAUAUAGUGUAUGUAUUAACAACUAUAGACAACAAAUUUUGAAAGGAUUUAAGCAUGGUUUUGAUUUUGCUGUUAAUUUUAAUAAUUUUUUUGAUAAUAAAUUUAUAAAUAUUGAUAAUGUUGAAGGAAUAAACGGAAACCCGAUUAAUCCAAGUAAAACAUCGAAUGACCACAAUUUCCUUGUAGGGUGUUGUUUUUCUUUAGUUAUCCAAUCAGUUAAAAAUCCAUUGCUUUAUAAAACAGAUAUAUUAAGUGGUGAUUCAGGAUAUUGGGGAUCUUUAGGAGAUUGUUUAGCUGUUGAAAUAAAAGUAAAGUUUUAUGAAGACAAAAAAAAUAAGACAAUAAAAAAUGUAGAUGAUAUAAAUAAUCCAGUUUUAGGAUAUAUAGAAGUAGAAGUGUCGUUAUAUAUAGGAGGAAAAGGUAUUUCAUCAUUUGUGCAUGAUAAUAAUAGCUACACAGUUGAUUAUACUAAAGAAUCAAUUUUAAAUAAUAAAAUUUUAGCGAAUAAUAUAAAUUUGAAAAGAAAAAAUAAAAGCACUUAUGAAGAUAUCCAACAUGGUGAGGAAAAUUAUAUGAAAAAUCAAGAUAAUGAUAAAUUUAAAGACGAUGAAGAUCAUUUUAAUAAUGAAGAUAUGGAUGAUAAUAAUAAUUAUAAAUCAAAAUUUCAUGUAUUGAAAAUUCAAACCAAUAAACAGAUAUUUCAUAAUAUAAACAAAAAUAGCUUAACAAAGUUUCGUGUAAGAAUAAAUUGCAUAAAGCAUUCUUUUAGUGUUUAUAUACAAAAAUUAGAUGAAUAUAAUUUACAAAUAAAUAAUCCGAAAAAUAAGAUAAAGCCAAUUAUUCAUAUAAGGGCUUUAGACAUGACUCAAGCCUUUACAUUGGAUAUUGGAAAUGGGUACAUAGGUUUUUAUACAUGUCCAAUAUUGUUUAAACAUAAAUUACUUAAAAAAAAAAGUAAAAUAAAACAAUGGCUCAAGCGUUUUUACAACAAUACGCUAAAUGUAGAUUUUCCUAUUAAUAAUUAUGGUAAUACCAAUAAUACGAACUUCAAUAAUGGAAAUGGUAAUAAUUUAUUUAAUAUAUACAAUGAUAAGAAUACGGAAACAAUAACCAAUGAAAUUAAAAAAAUAAACCAAAUGAUUUUAUAUAACAAUAAUAAUGAUCCUAAGUAUGAUAAAAAUAACCUUGAGGAAAUUGAGCUAUGUAGACCGAGUUUGAACACUAAAAUGAACAAAUCGAAAAAAAAAAAGAAAGAUAAUUCUAAAGAUUUAUUUUUGUUCAGUUGCUAUGAUUGCUCGGUAGAAAUAUAUAAAUGGUUUCAUCAGUCUUAUAAAUCUCCUAUUGAAAUUCCUGAAAUUGAUGUCGAUAAUGAAACAUUAAUAUUUUAUGACAAAAAUAUAAACAAGAAUAUAAAAAUCCAUAGUGGCUUGAAUUUGUGGAAUAAUAUAGAAAUUCAUUUUAAAUUAACAUGGCCGAUUGCUUUAAUUAUCAAUACUAAUACUAUAUAUACUUAUAAUUCUAUUUUCCAAUUUUUAUUUCUUUUAGGAAGAAUAUAUUAUAACUUAAAAAUAUUGUGUUAUCAUAAUAGGCGUUUAUAUAAAUACCUAAAUUAUAAAAAAGGUUUUUUACUAUUUUCGUAUUUGUUUUCUAUUAGAUAUAAAAUGCAAUUUUUUAUUUUUCAUUUAAUUAGAUAUUUACAAGAAGAUAUUAUUAAUUACGAAUAUAAAUUAAUGUCUACACAAAUUCAUAAAUCUAAAGAUUUUGAAUAUACAAAAUCGAUACAUGAUUUAUAUAUUUCCCAAGUUGCCACAAAAUGUUUUUUGCGUGUUCAAGAUUUAACAACCCCUUUAAUGGAGCUAAUAGAUGUAUCUUUUAAAUUUUGUUAUUUUUUUCAAUGCCUAAUAGAAAAUGAAUUAUUUACUGAUAUUUUAAAUUACGAAAUGGAUAACGAAACGAACAAGCAAAAAAAUGAUGCAAAAAAUAACGAUGAAAAUGGUGAUGAUGACAAAGAUAAUGAUUUGAAGCAAGUUGUUGAAAAAUUGUUACAAUAUAAUGACACAUUUAAUCAAAAACUUGUUCGUGUUAUAAAUGAAAUGAUGAACUUAAGCUCAAACAGUAAUCAUUCGCAUCUUGUUCAUUUGCUGACAAUAUUAGAUUUUAACAAUUGCAUAACAAAAAUAAAAGAAUCAAUAGAAGACAAAGAAGAAAUGAAUAAAGUCGCAAAUACUAAUGAAAAUAAAAAUGAUGAUAAAGAGAUGCAAAAUGGUAUUAAUAAUAAUAAUAAUAAUAAUAAAUUUAACAAACGCGAUGAUAUGAAACUAGGAUAUACAGAUGUGGAAAAUACAAACAAUAUUGAUAGUUAUUAUUUAAAUAAGCAUCAACCUUACAAUAAUAAUAUUUUAAAAAAUAUGAAUUUAUCAAUUAACAACAUGUCUCAAAAUUAUGAUGAAAUAAAUGACAUGGAUAAAGAUAGUAAUAAUUUUAUAAAAAGUAGAAUAGAAAAUAAAUUUAGCAAUUUUAUGCAUACAAGUAUUGAUGAAAAAUGGAAUACUCAGAAAAAUGAAAUAAGUUCAUACUCUCAAAAUAACAUAUUAAAACAAGGAAAAAAAACAGCCUUAAUAGAAAAAAAUAACACACAAACUGAGACUCAAGUUAGAGACAAAUAUCACUAUGAUUAUUACAAUGGUGAAGGAAUUGCUCCUCAUAAUAAUAGUAUGAAUAAAAGUUAUUUAGCUGGAGAUGCACAAUAUAAUAUUCUUCAUGGAGUUACUUCCUAUAAUGAUAUGAGUUACAAAAACACGGGGAUUAACAACUAUAAUGCACUAAUUGAUAAAUACUCAAAUAUAUUGAGCAGCUACAUUAAUAAAGACAGCAAUGACAAUCUCACCAAUAACAAUGAUGAUAAUAAUAGUAUUUAUAAUUCUGUUAAAAAUUAUGGAAAUAACAAUUUAAAUAUUUACAAUUCAAAUGUUAACCUAAACCAAGACAAUAUUGAUAAUAAUUUAGGAUACAAUUUGGCCACUCAUGGUGAUACAACUAUAAAAAAUAAUUUUAAUGUUCAAAAAUUAAUAGAUAAUUAUAAUUACAAUUAUGAUAGAUCACAUAAUAUCGAUGAUUUUGAUAAAAAUAAUUUUAAUCAACACAAAUAG